AUGGUUCAAUGUUUAUGUGCAGGUGGUUAUGGGUAUAACUAUGCGAAUUACAUUCCUAGAGGAGUUUCUUCAGGGGGUAGCUGUAUAAUAUUUAAACAGACGCCAGACUGCUUUAUAAAGUCUGCAGGAAGCACAGCAUACACCGCAAUAGGAGAUAUUGAAGAAGAGCAUCUACCUCAAAAAACAAAUACUUCUACUGAAGGUGGUAAUGGAGGUGGUGGAGGGACAGCCGGAGGAGAGACAGCUGGAGGAGAGACAGGCGGAGGAGAGACAGAUAAAGAGACAGGCGGAGGAGAGACAGACCAAGAUGCAAAUAAAGAACAAGAUAAUAAACCCCCGACUGAAGAAAUAGACGAAGCAGAAGAGAUUACGCAGCCAGAGACAGAUACAAAUGAUGAGGAAACAAAACCAUCUCCACCACCAGAAGGUGCAGAAGGCAUUCAUGAAGAAGAAAAGACCGAAAGUGAUGAGGGAAAUAAAUGGCUUCUCGCCGGUGGAAUUGUUGGGGGCCUCAUAAUUCUCGCUGCUGUUGCAGCUGGUGCUGUAUAUUAUACAAAAAAACCACCAGCGCAUGCAACACAAGAAAGCCCCACACAUAUCGAAGGAGAAACAGGAGGAGGCGCUGCAGGUCGUACACCAUCAGAAGCCAACGUCAACCUUGAGGAGUCUUUCUGGAGAGGAGAAGGGGAAGGGCUGAUAGACGCAGAAUAUGAAAACAAAUAA